UUUGCGCGUCAGGGAGGCGCAGUCCGGAUCUUUCGGAAAAGUCGAUUCGGAGUCUCUCAAAACUUUCAGCGCGAGAAAAACUUCGAACCGAGAAAAGUUCCCUCAGACUUCGGCGGGGAGGGAGAAUGACCCUGCAGGGGGACCGGCUGCCGCUCCAGUGAAACCAUGGAGUCCAGUACAGGUGGCAGAGGGGGAGGAAGGUGGAGGCUCCGUCACGUCGUCCCAGUCGUGCUGCUGUGGAUGACUCUGCACAAGCACGUGCUGGGCUGCAGCUCUACAAACUGUAACCUGGUGCUGACGGAGGCCCAGGGUGGAAUCACUUCGCCCUGCUACCCCCAGAAAUACCCCAAUUCACAUGCCUGUAAGUGGAUCAUGCGGGCCCCUGCCGGCUUCAUCAUCCAGCUCUCCUUCCUGGACUUUGACCUGGAGGAGGUGCAGGACUGCAUCUAUGACCGGGUUGUGGUGAACACGGGAAAUGCAGAUGUUAAGUUCUGCGGUCUGACGGCCAAUGGGCUGAUGAUGAACUCGACAGGCAACGUGAUGGAGCUGUCCUUUACCUCCGACUUCAGCGUGCAGAAGAAAGGGUUCAAUGUUAGCUUCCGACACGUUGCUGUGGCUCUGAGGAACCAGAAGGUCAGGAUAAACAAUGGCAACAACCAGAUCACCAAGGUCGCCGACUCUGUUUCCAUACCGGAGCUCAGUCACCUGACCCUGUGCUUUGAGGUGGAACGCAUCAGCCACAAACAGGUAUCACAGAAAGAGUGGCUCUUCACCUACUAUGACCAUGACAACAUCGUGGUACUGAGCUUGGGCUCCAAUCAGGCCAGCAUGACAAUGAUUGUUGGUGGAGUGAACUGCUCGAUCAACUCCAUCAUCUCCUCCAGUGACUUCGCUUCUUUUAUGAAGCCUUUCUGUGUGCUCUGGACAUCAUCAAACGGUCAGGUGUCGGUUUUCUACAACGGAAACUACAGGAACCAGACCUGCUCCUCCUCUAUUGGGCGCUCAGUGCCGGCUGGUGGACACUUCCAUUUAGGGGGGCGGCACAGGUUUGACGGGAACAUCUAUAACCUCCGGCUAUGGGAUUACGAUAUGACAGAGGAGCAGCUCAGAGCGUUGACCUGUGACAGAGUGGGGAACAUCAUCGACUGGGACAAUAGAUACUGGACCAUCCCUCCCUCUGUGGCCCGGACCGACGCCACGCUCAGCUGCAUCUGCUACCCUCAUUGCAUUCACUUAACUACUGCUGCGCCAACUAGUGGUGUCUCCCCGUCCAGCAACACACCACUCACUACCAGCUGUGACUCCCCUGGACUGGGCUGCCCAGCCGCUUCCUCUCCCGCCACCUCAUCCACUGACUCCACUAACACCAUCCAUGCUACUAAUGCCGACACCCACGCCCUCCCUUCCAUCACUCCAUCUCCGUCCACCAUCCCUCCUGCUAGCAUGCCUCUAACCCCAACCAUCAACACCACCACUACCAGCACAACCAGCGCCUCCUCUUCCUCUGUUAUGCCUACCACUACCGUCACCAUCACCACCAGCCGUGCUACCCCUGCAUCUCCUGCAACUAACGCUACUUCAGCCAGCAGUACAGCCCAUGCCCAACAGACAACCAGCAGCACGGCAGCUGUUUCAUCUGCUACCACUAACAACCCAGCUACUAACCCCGCAACGCAUGAGGAGUUUUUCUACCGGAUUUCUUUUGUGGUGGAUGACAGGGGCUCGGAGCUGACCCAGAGCGAUGUGGAGCGCACCGUGGGUCUCUGGCUGAAUCAGACAUUUGACAACUGGACCCACUCAGUCUACGUCGAUAACAUCAGUGUCCAGCCUGGUAUGCUGACCGGAGGUAACCCGACAAGUUAUACAUGUCAGGCCCGGCUCGUUCAGUAUUACACCAAAGAGAGGCUGUCUGAAGCCGACGUGACCACCAGGCUGUCCAGCAGAACGGGACAAAUGGCUGCUGGACUGCAGAUCCAGCCCGCCUCCGUAGUUGCCAGCAUAUUUGAAAACUGUCCAGAAGAGAAUCCUCUUCACUACAGCUGGCCUGAGACCAAACCCACCAUCACCCAGUACCUGCCCUGCUUCCCCAACAAGGACCAGAGCACGUCCAGGACCUGUUUGAUCAGUUCACAGAACUACUCAUCCUACUGGUCGCCCGCAGACUUCAGUAACUGCACGGACAUCGACACCAUCGAGGUGUCAGCAGAAAACGCGGCUGAUGUGGCGCAGCAGCUCACCGUCAUCACCAACAACGAGCUGUCCAAUGAGGAGGUGUCCAAGGUGGUGACCAAGGUGAAGGAGCUGGUGAACGUGGCCAAGAUCAGCACCACGUUGGCCUCCACCGUCGUCGACAUCAUCUCCAACGUCAUGACCAGCUCCGAGACGGCGCUGGCUGCCACGUCUGAGAAGGCUCUGAAGACGGUGGAUGAGCUGGUUCAGAAGAUCGAGUUCGUGGGCACGUCCAUCAGCAUCACCUCCAGGCACCUGGCUCUGGGGAUAUCGGCCCUCAACACCACCAUGUUCAACGGGACGUCCUUCAGCGCCUUCAGACCUCCAAACACCACCGCCCCCCAGAUCGAUUUUGAAUCCGACAGGGUUAACCCUUUAGCUCAGGUCACCCUCCCUGCCUCUCUGCUGUCCAGCGUGAAUGAGACCGACAGAUCGUCUCUGUCCAGGAUCAACUUCAUGUUCUUCAGCAGCACCAACCUCUUCCAGAAAGAGCAGGGCAGUCACUCUUUGAACAGCUAUGUUGUGGCCAGCAGUGUGGGGAACGUCUCCAUCAGUGGCCUGAAGCAUCCGGUGGAGAUUGAGAUUGCUCACCUGUCUGAAAAGCCCUCCCUGAAACCAGCUUGCAUGUUCUGGGACUUCAGCAUGAACAAUGGCAGUGGAGGUUGGAACGAGGAAGGCUGCAUAGUGUCCAAAGAAUCCACCAGCAACAGAACCAUCUGUCUCUGUGACCACCUGACACACUUCGGCAUCCUCAUGGACAUAUCCGGAGUUUCGGCAACCAUAGAUUCAAAGAACAACAAGAUUCUGACCUUCAUCACCUACAUAGGCUGCGGUGUCUCCGCCAUCUUCUCCGCGGCCACGCUGCUCACCUACAUCGCCUUCGAAAAACUUCGACGUGACUACCCGUCUAAGAUCCUGAUGAACCUCAGCACAUCCUUGCUGUUCCUGAAUAUGGUCUUCCUGUUGGACGGCUGGCUGGCCAGUCUGGAAACCAAUUGGCUGUGCCUUUCUGUGGCCGUUUUCCUGCACUACUUCCUGCUGACCUCCUUCACCUGGAUGGGGUUGGAGUCCAUCCACAUGUACAUCGCUCUGGUCAAGGUCUUCAACACCUACAUCCGCCGAUACAUCCUCAAGUUCUGCAUCGUCGGCUGGGGUCUCCCUGCCGUGGUGGUGGGGAUUGUUGUCGCGGUGGACAAGAACUCUUAUGGGCUGCAGGAGUACGGCAAAGGAGAGUCAGGAGAGGGAUCCUCGGAGUUCUGCUGGAUCCUGAAUCCGGUCGUCUUCUACACCACCUGCGUCGGUUACUUCUGCCUGGUGUUUCUGCUGAACGUGGCCAUGUUCAUCGUGGUGAUGCUGCAGAUCUGCGGCCGCAACGGCAAACGCAGCAACCGCACGCUACGAGAGGAGGUCCUGCGAAACCUGCGGAGCGUCGUCAGCCUCACCUUCCUGCUGGGUAUGACGUGGGGCUUCGCUCUGUUCGCCUGGGGACCCGUCAGCCUGGCCUUCAUGUACCUGUUCGCCAUCUUCAACUCACUGCAAGGUCUGUUCAUAUUCAUCUUCCACUGCGCCUUGAAAGAAAAUGUCCAGAAGCAGUGGAGGAGAUACCUCUGCUGCGGCCGAUUCAAGCUGUCAGACAACUCAGACUGGAGCAAGACGGCCACCAACAACACCAAGAAGGUGAGCUCAGACAACCUGGGCAAGUCUCUGUCCUCCAGCUCCUUUGGCUCCAGCACCGCCAACUGGACCUCCAAAGCUAAAGCUACGCUCAACCCCUUCACCAAAAGCCACAGUAACACGGAUAAAUGUUACUCCAACCAAACCAGCCCCAAGUGCGUCUCUUCGUCUUCGUCCUCCUCAGAGGUGGAGCCCAACUCCUCUUCCUCCAUCCUCCCCGUCAGCCAGAUGAUUGAUAAGGUGAAAGGUUACUGCUCCACGCGGUCCGACAACUUCUACAAGAACAUCAUCAUGUCCGACAGCUUCGCCGACAGCACCAGGUUCUAGAACAUUCCUCAGUGCUCCGGAGCGGACCUUCUUGACCCCACCCCCACCCCUUUUUGAAACUGCUCAAAUUGUUGUAGAAAAUUCUGUGACAUCAUCCUGCUGACAGCUCUAUCCGAGGUUCCAAUACGAAGGGCACCCGCGGAAUCUGCCUCGCCAUUCUGGGACUGCCCCCACUAUUAUUUAAGGCUUCGCUUUCGCUCUAGAAACGUCCGUGUUCUGGACCAGCCCCUAACGUUCUAGAGCUCUCCAGCGGCCUCAGCCACAGCGGAGGGUUCUGGGAUUCCACGGGCCUUUCUAGAACCCCGCGUGUUAUGGAACUGCUACCAACAUAUUAGAGCCGUUGAGAAUCCUCUCUGUUCCUGAACCUCUCCAAGCAUUCUAGGACUCUUUGCCAGCCGCAGCCACAAAGGAGCGUUUCGCCAUAACAGAGGCCCCCUCCAACAUUCUACAACCCUCCAGUCUGAAAUCCCCUCAGCAGCACUCCAGAACUGUCCCAACCAAGGAACAUGUUCUAGGACAUUCGUUUUUCUCACCCCGUCUCUCUCCUGUCAUCUAGAAUGCCAGCGUGCUUCCUGCCGUCCUCCCUUACCCCUGUUUCACUUUUAAUUUGUAAUCUGUAAAUGUGUUUCAUCAUGUACAUUGUUGGCAGACACAGAUGUUGUACAAGCCCCAAUUUUGAUUCAAAUUUUAUUAGUUACAGAUUUGCAAAAAUCCAAGAUUGGCUUCUACAUGUCGUCAUCAGAAUUCGUGAGGAGCCGGUCGGGUUGGGUGACACAGUGUUGAUUGGGAAGCGCUGUUUUCCUCAGUACCAAUGCAGCAUAUACAGGAUGUAGUACAAAUGCAUGAACAGUAGCUACGUGACUCAACCCAGAGCCAACAUCCUAAUGCACUGGUUUAGCUUUGUGUGAAUGUGCCUGCUAAUCAAGAAAAAUCUCCCUUGUCAUGAAAAGAUUUCAAAAGAAAUUCAGAGAAUUUGCUGCAACAAACCGCUAAAAGCCCAGAGUUUAAGUUAUAUCACAGACGGAGUCGCACAUUCUGCUUUGAAAUCCUCGGGUCUCCUGGAUGAUAAAGGGUGUUUGAGGGCUACAGGGUGGUCAGAGAACCUUGAUGCGAUUCUACUGUAUCAUAUCAAAUACCAGAAUCUGUUGACCUGGCUGCCAGACUGUGUAACCAAGAGGAAAUGAAAGGGAGCAGAGGAGAGAGCAGAGAGGACAGGAAAGGAUCAACACAAAAAUUGGAGGGUAGAGAAGAGAGAAAAAAAUCUUUCUGGUAGAGAAAAAGUAGGCUGUUAUGUUUUGGUGUUUUUUAAUACUGUGAUGUUUGUUGAAAACUGGCCAUUUGUGCAUGUGUGUGUGGAGCCAUAUCCUAUGUAAAUAUUGAUGAUCUAUCUAUUCUAUGUGCCCUGUUCCUUAGUGUUAUGUGUCCGGAUGGUUGCUUUAGUUCAUGCCUUCACGGGGUCCUGGAAGGGUCACCGCGACUGUACAUACAAACGCAAACACUCUCCAGCUCCACGUGCUGCGUAUGCACACACUCCGCUGCCCUUUUCACCUCGGUGAGAGACGAGUCAUGGCCCCAGACAGGGCAGAAAUCCCGGGACGGAUGAAACAGGGCAGAACGCAAUCAGUCAUCGCAACAAAUCAGCAGUUAGUCAAUUAGUCAAUCAAGGUGCUUUUUGGUGUAAUUCCCAAACCAACUUGGAGAUUAUUUGAACAUAUUUACUUCCUGUUCUAAUGUACAUUACCAUGAAAAACACGGUUGGGAUCCCCAACAGUGGCACGCCAAAGCUUAUUGACACACGUUUUAAAUUUGUAUCGGAAACAUUUAAACUUUGAAAAUCUUCUGAGGCUUUGAAAUGUCUCUUUUCUUAGACCAAUGUUCUGGACCAACCAGCGAUGCCAGAUUUGAAAAAAUCACUGAAGGCAGGUUUUAAUGAUUGUAAUAUUUACCUCCUUCGGUUUGCCCUUUCUCCUGUUAGAGAGUGAAAGUUCUUCCACUUGGCGAACUGAACAAUCGCACCGGUUAGUGGAUGGUUGGUGGUUUGAGGAUUAAUGAUAAAAACCAAGCGAAUGCCGGGGGCCACUGGAGCUCAGCUCCUUGUGCACAUCAGCCAAAGUUUAGCAAUCACAGAAGGCAUCGUUAAUGGCAACAGCUUUACUGUUCACGUGAGGAAACUUGUUUUUGUUCAAGUAUCACUUUGUGUAUUCAGCAAAUCAUAAUAGCUUUGUUUUUAUGGUAGCAGCAAGAAGUCCUAGUGUGAAGAAAACACUCACUGUGCAGCUGCCAGGAUGAUAUUAUCACCAUUUAAGGGGCUAGUUCACACAAAGUACAAAAAAAACAUUUUGCCUGUAGUUUUGGUUUUAUUCAGCUUGGCUCUGGGACGUCCCGCCACCACCCAAAUACAAAGGGAGUCAAAAGAAUUUCACUUGAGGUGCUUAAAUAAUCAAAAAAUGACAUUUGAAAAAUUCAAAAGCAACGCGUCCUUCCAGAAUCAGUGUCCUGAUUACUCCGGAUAUUCUUCAGACCCCUCAAUGGACAUUUCACGGGCUCAGUUUUUUAUCUAGAGAGCAGUUCCCGGUGGGGUCUGUUGAGAGCGAGGUCUUCAUCAGAGCGAUGAUUUUGCAAAGACACAGUGCUGCUGAGUUUGUCAAAUGUCAUUUUGUCCUUAUUUUAGCACGACGGGAGAAAUUUCUGUUCGUGUCCCCUGCACUGGGGUGGUGACGAGUGUUUAAAGCAGCGGGAAAAAACAACACUCUCGAUACCACAGGCAAUAAGGAAAUGAGUUUUUAGUUUUGUGAUUUGAGGGAACUGACCCUUUAUUGAAACUGCGUGUACAGUGGGGUCCAAACUUAUGAGCCCACUAGGAGGAGGUAUUUCAUUUCUUUAUUUAUCAAAAAUCAUCCCAUUAUGUCAAUGUCAGAAUGUCAGUAUCCGAUCGGUCCCCAUCAAUCCAUCACUCUAUAACACUGAUGAUGCAGCAGUUUUUCAUUUGGUUUCAGCUGUGGAAAAGCCAUGGAAGCCAACACUCGCUGCUCUUCCUCAGACUCCAACUUCAAACCAGCCUGUCAGCAAGCCCUGACACAUAAUUAAAAUCAAUAUCCUGCUGGUAUAUGAAUCCUUUUCCAAAUAUGUGAAGCUGGAGAGCAGCGCAUGCUUCCUCAGAAAAUGAUUCUUCUAUGGAGUUCUGCACGCAGCCACCUCCUCACACGUGCGGGGACUGAUGCCUAACGCUAGCUGGGACUUCUGCCUCUCGCGGAGCAUUUAGUCAGCGGUGAAGAGGGCUGGAAACAGUUACUGUCCCUGCCUGUCAAGGCUGCAGUUUGGCAGUUGUCUCCUACUAACUGAAGCGGGACAGUCUCUUCGGUUGCACUUGUAUUGUGAGAAAAUGUUCUAUAUCGCUAUAUCACUGAAACUGGCUUGAUGUACGGCUGUGGUCAUUUUAUGGUUCUGGCUACAGUUUGUAAAAAUCACUUGACCAUUGUUGCACUGCCUCAUUAAAAACCUUUAAUUUAGCUUCAGUUUAAUAUAAGGAAUAUUUCUUCAGCACUGACGAGAACACUUGUGGGUAAGGCUUUAUGUUAUGACCAUUACUUGCUAAUAAUCUCUUUAAAGUUUCUUGGAAGUCAUCUUUUAAUUUGGCCCAAACUACAGUGAAAGUAGAGACAGAGUUCUGGGACCGCUGUCUUUCAUUUGGUUGGUCGUGUUGAGUUUAUAAGCAGUCAAACAUCCUUUGAAUAUACACUGACUAAAGGACUCCUAGGGUUAUGCUAAUUUAGCACA